CUCCUCCUCCUCCUCCUCCUCCUCCUCCUUCUCCUCCUCCUCUCGUCAACGAGAUAUAAAGAACGAGUUAUCGAAAUUUUCAUCACAGCCAAUUUGACAUUUUACAAUGAAGCACCACAAAGCACCGCUCGUUCUUGCUUUGCUGGGAGUGGCUGCAGCAAGCGUCGUGUUCAGGAAUGAUAGGGCAAAGGAGACCCACAUCACCCUGGCGCUAGACUGGGCCAUGAACUGGGGCACGUGGGGGCCACAGGAGUUUUGCCCCGAGGGAACUUUCGCCUACGCCUUCCAGAUCAAGGUGGAGCCUGAGGAUGCCAGUGAUGACACCUCCAUGAAUGGUAUCCAGCUCAUCUGCCGCCAGCCAGUGGAUGUGGGUCAUGACGGACAUCCGCCGAGGGAAGGAGCCAAGGAAUUCUCCAUCACAUCAAACGAGGCAAAAUGGGGUGACUGGCGAGGCAAGAGGGUGUGCGAUGAGGGUCUACUGACGGGCCUCAAGAUGAAGAGCGAGGAGUACCAGGGAUUCUUCAUAGACGAUACCGCGGCGAACGACCUUGAAAUGCAGUGUAACCACUCCACGACGACCCUGAACGGAGGAGGCAACCGAUGGGGACACUACAGCAACUGGGCCACGUGUCCUGUAGGCUGGGCCAUCUGCGGCCUGAUGACCCGUGUGGAGGCAGAGAGUGCCACUGACGACACGGCACUCAAUGAUGUCAGAAUGUACUGCUGCCAGAUCUAAUUGGAGCGUCUGGUGUGAUCCCGCCCAGUCCCUUCCUACCC